UUCGGGCGACACCAUUCCAACGAAAGUGUUUGUGUGUAAUUUUUAUCAAAAACUAAAUAAAUGAUCUGAAAACACUACAAUAAACACCAAAAAAAUGUCUGAAACGACGGAGAUAAAUCCCUAUGUCUUUCUGGACGUAAGUUUCGGGGCUGCUAAAGCUGGAAGAAUUGUUAUUGAAUUGUACGAAAAUGUUGUACCGAAGACGGUGCGGAAUUUUAGGUCUCUGUGCACAGGGAUGCAAAUUUCCAAGUGUACGGGAAAACCAAUGCAUUAUAAGGGCACCAAAUUUCACAGAGUGGUUCCACAAUUCUUGGCCCAAGCCGGAGACGUGACGGAAAUAAGUGGCCAAGGGGGUGAAAGCAUAUAUGGACAAACUUUUGAUGACGAAAAUUUUAAAAUAUCGCAUAACACUGAAGGCAUGGUGGGUAUGGCAAAUAAUGGCCCCAACACCAACAGUUCCCAGUUUUACAUAACCACAGUUCCUUGUUCACAUUUGGACGGCAGAAAUGUGGCUUUCGGGCGGGUUGUUAAAGGCUUGAAUAUUGUUAUAGAAAUGGGGGAUAUUGCUAGGAAUAAUGAAACGCCAACAGAGGACAUAACCAUAACAGAUUGCGGCGAGUACGAGCCGGGUGAGCCGUUCAACAUCGAAGAAUGCGACGAAACGGAAGACAAAUACCCGCCGUGGCCAAACGACUGGGACGUGCCCGGUAGCGAAGAAAAAACCGUCCUCGACGCCAUAGAAAAAAUAAAAAACUCCGGCUCGCACUUUUUCUACAAGUCGAAUUUCACGGACUCCGAAAGGAAGUACAAGAAAGCCCUGAGAUACAUCGAUUGGUACCUGCUUGAGAGCGACGGUAAGAGCAACUGCGACCUGGAGAAGACCAAGUUGACGUUGCUGUUAAAUUUGGCAACGGUGAAGCAGAAGAUGAGGAAGUACAAGGAAGUCGUGCAACUGUGCAGUCAAGUUAUCGAGUCUCAUCCCGGCAAUGGUAAGGCGUACUAUAGGCGCGCGCAGGCGCGUCUGGGCAGCAAAGACUAUGACAAGGCUUUGGACGAUUUAAAUACAGCCAUAACUUUACACCCCAACGAUAAAAAUAUACAGGAUUUUUUGGAGCUGACGAAAAAAACCAAAUUGGUUUAUUUAAAACAAGAGAAAAAGGUGUUUUCCAGGUUGUUUCAGUAACUUUUAAUGUGAUAUAAGUGUAAAAUUUUAUUAUGUAUAAUCGUAUUUUUAGUGGAUGUAUUUUUUAUAUAUUUCAGAUUUACAUAUUUACCUAUGUAGUUCAUUGUUGCCUGUUUUGUUAAUUUAUUAUAAUAAAUUAUUUUAAAUCCAA